AUGAAGGCAGGGAAGCGAGGCGUGCAGCGACAGACUGGUCUCCUUUUUGGAGGCGAGCGCCUCGUGGAAGAUGUUGUUCCGACCGUGUGCUUCGACCUCUCCGAGUCCCAGGAGAUGGCUGAUGGGUUCACAGAGAAGGAGUGCGAACUUCCUGGCACCUCAGUUAGCACCACGUCUCAUGGCUCAGAUGCGCGGAGGCUUGCUGGCAAUGCGAGUACCUUGACUCCGCCGACUGUGGCUGAGCACUAUGGAGCUCUGCUGCAACGUGAGGAGGAAGCUCGCAUCAGGGUGGAGGAGAAGCUCCGCUUGGCUGAGGAGCGACUUCGCUGUUGUCGAGAUGAGAUGAGGAAGAGGGAGCAGUACUUUGAUGAGGAAAAGCAGAAGCUGCUGGACCUGCUUGAGGAAAAGGAUCAAGUUCUGGCCUACGAGCAAUCCCAGCUUGAUGCCCGCGUGCUGGAGGAUGGCUCACCUGGUUGCGAGCUGCACCUGGUGCAUGAAUUGAAGUGUCUGAAAUCCAGCCUGGACUAUGCCACCAAGCUGCAAGCAUGUCGAGAAAAUACUUCACAAUUUGCUUGCGCUGUUGCGAAAGCCAUGGCUGCUGGUUUCCAUUCGCUUCCUGGCCGCUGGCAAAUCUACCUACUUCUGAUUGCUGCAGAAGGCUACGCCAUCAUGAGAGGUGCCUGGGGUCAAUGUCCGAAGGAGCCACCGAUGCCCGCUGAUUUCAGUUUUUCUCGCCAGAUGUUUACCUUUUGGGCGACCGAGACCGUCGCAGAUGGCGAAGAGUACUUUUGCAAGAUCGAACAGAGGCCGUUCGGCUCGGCACUGUUUAUUCGAGAGCUCGGCUAUGUGGGCAGUGCAAAAAGGCAGUGGCCUUGCAUGCCAUGGAAUCACUGCGACUUUCAGAUUCUCAACUGUCAAGGUGAAGUGGUCUACAAAGGCACCGCGGAAACGAUGGACAGCUUCCAGGAUCCUGGCCGACAAGUUCUUGCAUACAGGUUUACGCACGCAGACGGCAGCUACAUUGGGCGAACCAGUGAGCUGCCUAACUUGAUGAUACACCUGGGUGGAAUUGCGGAGAAGCGGGAUCAAGUCAUGAUGGUCCGGGACACUGGUGACAAUCUCGUCCUGGAAGUAGAGAAAGAUCCCAGCCAGAAUUUCUGGGUUACCAGCUGGAAAGGCAGCAUUCAUUCGCGAGGAGUGACUGGGUUUGCCGAUGUCAACUCCGUUCCAAUGGCCGAUCCCUUGUUCGUGAGCUUUUUGGUGAGCAUGCAGUUUCGUAGCAAAGGGCUCUUUAGUCCAUUCACGACGGGCAUCUUGCUUCUGCUGCUUGCUGCGGUUGUCUGCUACGGAGUGCGGCGGUGGCGACGGUAUGUAGCUGAGCGCAGUGAAGCUGCUGAAGAGAUCGACUUGGCCGAUCUCUUGCCGGACAGCUCACCUCUGAUAGAGCAGGGCUGCUGCGCAGGAAGUCGGGCACGCUAG